CUUAUACUAUUUGAGCGGGAAAGAACAUAACAACAAUCGUCGUUCUCAAUUCUUCAAAAUCAUUAGUUCUAACGUGAAAAGUUAAAAUGGAAUGGGUGGCAGACCUUGAGGCCACGUGUUCGAAUUUGGGAACCUGGGACGGCAAUAAAUAUGUCAAGGAUCCGGAUUGCUCGGAAUGUGUUAAAGAUCUCAUUCGAUUUUUACGACGAGAUGACGAAAAUCACGAGAUUCGACGUCGCUUGGGGCAGAUCCAGGUGGUGCAAUCCGAUUUGAUUCCGUUGAUGCGGGAUUAUGCCCAAGAGUCGGAUCUCUUCGAGCUGGUCUUGAGGUUGUUAGUGAAUCUGACCAAUCCGGAGAUUUUGUUGUUUCGAGAAGAGUUGCCCGAAGAUAAACUAACGAGGCACUAUUAUCUACAAUUGCAAAGAAUCCGACAGGAUUACAAGCGGGCUUUUGUGGACGAGCUGCUUUGGCAGCGAAAUCAGGAGAGGAUGAUGAAGAUCUUGGAAAUGGAUCCGGCGGAUCGCUCCGAGGACGAUCAGUUCACCAUUGAGCGGAUCCUGAUUCUUCUAAGAAACAUGCUUCAGGUGCCCUCUAAUGCUGCCAGUGAACAGAGAAUGGACGACGAUAUCAGUAUACACGAUCAAGUGUUAUGGGUCUUGCACAAGUCCGGCAUGGCCGAGCUCCUACUGUUCAUGGCCUCUUCCAGCCAAGAAAGUCAAUUCUGCCUGCACGUAGUGGAAAUUAUUUCCCUCAUGUUGAGAGAACAGGAUCCGGGUCAUUUAGCCUCGGCCAAUGUUGCGAGAUCUGAGGAAGAAAAAUCUCGCGAUGAGCGAUUAUUGAUGGAAGCCAGAGAACGCGAAUUAGAGCUCGAGAGGCAGAAGAAGAAAUCGUUUGUCCCCGCCCGACAUUCUCGUUUCGGAGGGACCUUCGUGGUCAGUAACAUCAGCUCCAUCUCAGAUGGCAAGCACAUGCUCUGUCAUAAGCCCCUGAGAGACUUGGACAACCUGGAUUUUGACAAAGAAAAGCGACCCCUCAAAGUGGCCCGCAAUAAAGUGACGCCCACCGAGAAAAUCGUCACCCGACGAUCCACCUUGUCCAUUCGGUUGUUCCUCAAGGAGUUCUGCAUUGAUUUCAUCCAUGGGGCUUACAAUGUGAUGAUGCGAACGGUGAAGGACUACCUGAACCGACAGAGAGCCCAACAGAACGAUGAGAGCUACUAUCUAUGGGCCAUGCGGUUCUUCAUGGAGUUCAACCGGAAGUACGAGUUCCACGUGGAUUUCGUGAGUGAAACUCUCAGCAAGUCCACUUUCCACUACAUCCAACAGCAAAUCGAGCUCUACAAGGACAACUUUGAGCACGAGAAACGCAAUCGACCCGUCUGCUUACUUUGGAGUCGACGGAUGCAUUUGGCCUUGAAGGCCUAUGCUGAGCUCUUGAGUACGAUCGUGACCAUGCAGAAUAAUGGCAAGAAUGAUGACAUCCUGCGACAUUCGGCGCGAGUGCUCCUGGCCAAUGUGUUCUAUGAGCCCGAAUACCGUGAGGUUUGCCUCACCUUGUUUUCCAUAUUCAAGUCCGAUAAGAUGACCAAAUCCUUCCUCAAAGAUCUUGUUGAGGCCAACCAUGUGUUUCUGAAACUCUUGGAGCACAUGAGCAAAACCAAUAGCCUGGUCAUAGGAAAGCGCUUAAAGAAGAGAAGAGGUGGAAAGAAAUCAAAGAAAGGAGGCAAACCUCUUGGGGGCAAUUUUUCGGAAGCUCGCGCUACGAACGAGGAAUAUUGGGAUAAAGUGUCACCAGGGCUGACUGAAUAUCUCCAAGGUGAAGGGGGCGAGCUCCCUACUGGAAUAUCACCUUUUGAUGCCACGUUAGAAUUAGAGGAAGAUAAACGAAAAGCUGUGUCACUUUAUCGAAUUCAGAAGGCAUUGCAAGGCCAAAAGGCCGGUCUAGCACUAGCCUUACUUCGAGCCUCUAGAGAGGUAUGGCCAGACGGAGAUGAGGUUUUUGGCGCAGAGGAUAUUGAUGCCGAGGAAGAGUUCAUCCUACUGAGAGAGAUUCUCUUUUCCGAGAUGGACACGCCAGAUCCCGCCCAUCUGCCUUCUGAUGAGUUCGACAGUGCUGAAAAUGGUACAAACCCAAAAUCAAAUACGGAUAAUGAAUUUGCAAAAGAGGGCCUUGCUGGAAAAGAUGCGGAUCCAAACGAAGAGGAAGGAGAAGAAAAUGACCAAGAGGAAGACGAGGAGGAGGAGGAAGUUGCGGUUGAAACUUACAUCGGGGAGCAGAAAUUCGAUUUGAAAGGAUUCGUCUUGCGCUAUGCUAACGCCCAAAUAUGCACAUGUUACGCCCAGUUAUUUCGCGAAUACCGCACCAAUUCGGAUUCCACUAAUCACGCUAUCAUCAAGAUGUUUCACCGGAUCGCUUUUGAUUGCGAUCUUCCGGCUCUCUUAUUCCACGUGUCCGUGUUCCGAGUGUUUCAAAGGAUCCACGAAGAGUACAACUUGGGAAGUGGGAAGAGUAAAUCGUUGACAGAAAUGCACAAAUUUGCCGAGUUUUUGCUCAAAAAGUUCUUCGACGUUGUAGUGAAAAAUCCCAAAUGCUUUAUCGAGUUGUUCUUCUGGAUCAGUCCCAAAGACGCUGCUGAUGUGAUGGAUGGUUACCAAUUUGUCACCCUCGACAUGAGUGGAAAGAGCAAGAAGAGCUUUUGGAGCGAAGAAGACGAGGAAACUUUGACGCGCACCUUUGAGCAACUCAAAGAAAUGCAAGAAAAGGGCCAAGACAAAGGUUCCAUUUUGGAUGGAUUGCUCGCUUUCUUGGAGCCUCGAGGCAAAACCAAGCGACAAAUCGUUCGCAAACUCAAAGAACUCCAUCUCAUUCAGAAUGCGAAAGAGCUCCACAACAAGAAAAUCCAUCGAAAAUCGUCGAAAAGCGGCCAACGCAACAAGCAAUUCAAAUCGCGCGAUGCCAUUGAGGGCUCCGACUCCAGCGACGAUGAAAAAGACAAAGAAAACCCCGCAUCACCCGUUCACGUGGACGGAAAGAGGCCCGCUCUCUUCUCCGAUAAUGACGAUGACAAUGACUCAUCUUCGUCAUCUUCAUCGGAUGAAGAAAACGGCGAGUCUGGUGUUGGGCUAAUUUCUGUUCCAGAGAGCUCCAUUAUUGAGCUGCCAAGUGCCAGGAGCCACGAUCUAGAGGAAAGAAGUCAAGAAAAGAGUAUGAACAUCCCAAGACCACAACCAAUUCCGGAAGAUUUGCAUCAAAAUCCAACGCAUUCGGUCAAUUCGUGUCCUUCGAAAGUUGAUUUGGAAGACUCGAGCGACGACGAAGACGUGUGCAACAACUCCUUGGUUCGUUCCAGAAGGGCCGUAGUUUUGUCUGAUGACAAUGAGGACGAAGGUGACGACGAUGACGACGAUGACGAAGGUAAUAAUGCUGAAACGCGUCAACCCAAACGUGUCCUGGAGGAUUCAAGUAGUGAAGACGAGCGAGAAGUGAUGAUUGAAGCUAAUCGCGGGGAGAAGCCGAAAAAGCGAAAGAAAAUGGUUCGGGCCUUGUCUUCAGACGAUGAAAGCUAGCACACAUAAUUUAUGAGCAAACCUUUCAAGUGGGAACGUCAUUAUCCUGAAAAUGUCGGACCUCGUGCCCUUAAUAAAUAAAUAAAUAAAUAAAUGAUAGUUCAGUU